AUCACUUCCUGGUAGCAGUUACUUGUGUAAACAUGGAGCUUUUUGGCAUCACAGCUUCUUUUCUUUUUCCCACACUACUUAUAGUUUUACUUCUUCUACUUGUUUAUGUUAUAUUGAAAAAUUAUCAAAACAGACGCAACUUUCCUCCUAGCCCACCCAAGCUUCCAAUCAUUGGUAACUUGCACCAGCUUAAAAAACCACCUCAUCGUGCUCUUCAUAAUCUAUCUCAAAAAUAUGGUCCCGUAAUGCUUUUACAACUCGGUAGUAUACCCACACUCGUAGUUUCGUCGGCUGAAGCUGCAAAAGAAGUCUUGAAAACACGGGAUUCAGAUUUUUGUACUAGACCUCCGUUGGCAACUCCGAAACGUCUUUCAUAUAACUACGUAGAUAUUGGAUUUGCACCUUAUGGGGAAUACUGGAGGGAUGUUCGAAAAAUAUGUGUCAAUGAAGUCUUCAGCGUGAAAAGAGUGCAAUCCUUCUCUGCAGUUAGGGCGGAAGAAGUUGCAGCUUUAGUUGAUUCCAUGUCAAGAUCAUCUUCAACUUCUCGUGGUGCUCUUAUAAAUGUUUAUCAGAAAUUUAUAUGCCUUACGGAUCAAGUUGCUUGUAGGGUGUCAUUUGGCAAGAAUUAUCACCAGCAGCAUACCAACGAUAAUGAUGAAAAUCUUCCCGUCGAGCUUAAGCAAGCUUUUAAUGAACUAGGCGUUGUGUUGCAAAGUUUUUCUGCGUCCGACUUGUUCCCUAAGGUAGGUUGGAUUGUCGACAGGAUAACUGGAUUUCAUGGGAGGGUAGAGAAAUGUUUUCACAGUCUUGAUAAGUUUUUUCAACAAGUCUUAGAUGAACAUCUUGAUCCAAAUAAGCCGAAACCUGAUUAUGAAGAUGUUAUUGAUGUCUUGUUAAACGUUGAAAAGGAUAGUCGACUUAGUAACGGUCGUCGUCUCAUGAGUGACAAUAUCAAAGCAAUUAUUAUGAAUUUAUAUAUCGCCGGAGCGGACACAUCUGCUAUAACCAUGAGUUGGGCAAUGGCAGAAUUGAUAAGAAAUCCUCAAGCUAUGGAGAAAGUACAAGAAGAAGUCAUAAGUUAUGUGGGAAAAAACAAAGAGAAAGUAGAAGAGACAGAUCUUCAACAUUUUCCGUAUCUAAAAAUGGUGGUUAAUGAAACAUUAAGGCUACACCCACCAGCUCCACUGUUGAUUCCAAGAGAAUGUAUGGUGAACAGUACGGUCGGUGGAUAUGACGUAAAACGUAAAACAAGAGUCAUUAUAAAUGCAUGGGCAAUAGGUAGAAAUCCGGCUUAUUGGGAAAAACCAAAUGAAUUUUAUCCAGAGAGGUUCGUAGAUAACUCUAUGGAUAUUCGGGGAAUGCAAAAUUUCGAAUUCUUGCCUUUUGGUGGAGGAAGAAGAGGUUGUCCCGGUAUUCAUAUGGGACUCGUAAUGGUUGAACUCGCACUCGCCAAUCUACUGUACUGUUUUAAUUGGGAAUUACCAGGUGGGAUGAAUAAGGAAGAUGUAAACAUGGAAGAAACAUCUGGCUUAGCUAAUCGUAUGAAAUAUCCUGUUCACCUUGUACCUGUGAAAGUUUAAUGUAACCAGAAACAACUUUGUCUUUGUUUGUUUAGAUGUAUAAUCCAUGUUCAUAAUGAAUAAUGUUACCGUAUCCAAAUUGGAUUCUCUGGGGUUCUUGGGUAACAACUACUUAGGUACAUAAAAUAUAUGAACAUGUAGUCACCAAAAUUGCAUUCAUAAUCCGAGCCAUCUC